GACGGUUCAAAUUCGUUCACUUUAGAAAUCUGCUUUUACGUAUAUUAAUCAGCCCUACCACCAUUGAUCUUUUUUCUUUUGUCUAUGUCUGCUGGUCAAGAUUUUUUUGUUUGUUAAUUUUUUUUUGUUUUUGGAGAUUCUUUCAUGAGGAAAAAAUUGAAGCCGCUCUCGCCACCGGCGAAGGAUCUCCGGGGAAUGACGUUAAAUUCAGUGGAGCUAUCGAUCGUGAAAAGCAAGAGAGCUAACAGAAAGAGAGUACUGAAACUCCAGUCACUCAAGUACACGUGUCAGACGAAGAUCGAUGACAGCGGUGAUGAGAAACAGUUUCAUCGUCAGGAUCCGUUAAAAAUAACGGUCUCGUUAUCGUCUUCGUCGUCGUCGGGAGGAAACGACGGCGUCGUUUUGUCGAGAGAGACAAGGGAGGGGAAGCACUACGGCGUCGUUUCGGUGAUAGGAAGGAGGAGCGAGAUGGAAGACGCGGUGAGAGCUGAGCUAGGGUUCGCAGUCAAAGGAAGUAAGACGUUUGACUUUUUUGGUGUCUACGACGGACACGGUGGCGCGCACGUGGCGGAAAUGUGCCGGGAAAGAUUACAUGAAGUGGUAGCGUCGGAGCUGGUGAGGCUUGAAAAUAAUGAUGAUGGUGGGUCGGAGUGGGAAAAGGUGUUGGAGGGGUGUUUUGAUAAAAUGGAUGAGGAGGUGAGAGGUAAUGCGGCGGCGAGGACGGUGGGGUCGACGGCGGUGGUGGCAGUUGUGGCGGAGGAGGAGGUGGUUGUUGCCAACUGUGGUGACUGUAGAGCCGUUAUGUCAAGAGCUGGUGUUGCUUUAGCCUUGUCUACAGAUCAUAAGCCUAAUAUACCAGAUGAGUUGGAGAGAAUUGAAGAUGCAGGUGGAAGGGUCAUAAACUGGAAUGGGUACCGUGUUCUAGGAGUUCUUGCCACUUCAAGAUCUAUAGGUGAUGAAUACCUGAGGCCAUUCGUAAUAUCGAAACCUGAAGUAACAGUGACAAAGCGAACUAAUAAUGACGAGUUUCUCAUACUGGCAAGCGAUGGUUUAUGGGAUGUGGUAUCUAAUGAAGCUGCAUGUAAGGUCGUCAAGAAAUGCUUCGACGGUGAAAUUAAGAGACUUUCUAACAAAGAGGUUCUCAACGGCAGCCGCGCAACCGCGGCGGCCGCUGUGUUAGCCGAUCUGGCAAUGGCUCGGGGCAGCAGAGAUAACAUUAGUGUUAUAGUCGUCGACCUCGCCAAAACCUAGCACACAAUCGUAUAUUGGUCUCUGUCUCAGUUUGUUUAUUAUGUACGUAUAUAAUAUAGUAGUAUAAGUAUAUAUAAAGCGUUUCUCAACAUGCAUAGUACGUAGUAGAUCCAACGAUGAGUUUAAUUUCAAAGAGAAGUGAGAAAUAAUUAUUGAAUUCAUUGGAUUAGGAUCAGAACUGUUCUUCUCAAGUCAAUUAAAAUUGGUUGAUGGUUUGUUGAUCUUGCUGGAGUAUAUAAAGGGUUGAGUGAUUCGUUUGUGA